AUGAGUGGCAAUGGAUACUUUCAACCGUGGUACACCGUCUUCAUCGUCUCCAUCUCUUUCGUGUGUUUGGUGAAAGACUACGUGCAAUCUGAUUUACUGUUUUGUGCCGCCCUCGCACUUUUAAUAACCGGGAAAGUAAUCACGGUGGAAGAAGGCAUACAAGGAUUUGCCAACGAAGGAUUACUCACCGUGGCGGCUUUGUUCGUGGUCGCGCAGGGCAUAUCCAGCACGGGCGGUUUAGAUUGGUACAUGGGCCGCUUUUUAGGCAAGCCAAAGACGAUUGCGUCGGCGCAGAUUCGGUUGAUGAUUCCAAUCGCCAUUAUAUCGGCGUUUUUGAACAACACGCCGGUGGUGGCAGUCAUGAUUCCUAUCGUCCAGCGGUGGGCGGAGAAUAAUGGGAUAUCGAAGAAACAAGUUUUAAUACCUCUGUCAUUUUCUUCUAUAUUAGGCGGGACGUGCACGUUGAUCGGGACGUCGACAAACUUGGUCGUCGCCGGGAUGUUGGAGACGUGGGCGAAAGAGAAUAAAGACAAAGUAGGCGCUGAGAAGGUGGAUAUUGGCCUCUUUGAUUUAGGAAAGUAUGGCGUACCGGUAGCAUUUAGCGGAAUAGUGUAUGUGCUUAUAUUUUCUCGAUAUUUGUUGCCGGGUGGGAAUCUGCAAAGAGGAAGACGAACCGGAUCGUCUUCGCAAGCAAACAGAGCUGAGAGAGACAACGAUAACGAGGACGUUAUCGUUGGCGCAAAGGUGACGCCAUGGUCGGACGCGGUGGGGAGAACUAUCGAAGCGAGUGGAAUGAGAGGUUUGCCAGGUUUAUACCUCGUUUCGGUGAGACGAAGUGGAAGUUUGAUUCGAGCGGUUGGGCCCGAAUUCAUCAUUAAUCAAGGCGACAUUUUAUACUUUACUGGAUUGAUUGAAUCUCUCGGGAGCAUAUGUAGCGACCACGGCUUGACUGCGAUGACGCACGAAGACGACGACCACGACGAUUCAUCGCCAUCGGAAGUUUUGACUGCUGACGAAAAUGUGGUGUCCAUAUCGAAGACUGCUUCCUCGGAAGCGAUGAGAGAAAUUCUCGAUUUACAGGCAUUGGCGCGGUCCCAAGCUAUUGACGGGAGAGACAAAGCCGCGCAUCUAUACAGAGAUGGUCGCGAUACGUCCGAUACCAUAGGAGGCGCUGAAGCUUCCGUUUCAGCUGCGGAGAUGAACGUAGCACUUGGCCCAGCUUUAGUUUCCGUGGAGAAAGACCCGGACGCAUCCGAAGACGAUCACACGCGAAUGGUACUUGGAAUCAGCGCAGCCGAUAGACCUGGUUUAUUACACGACAUCUCCAAGAGUCUCAAUCGUCUCAAAGUGCAAUGUUUACACAGCGAAGCAAGCGCGGUUGGGGGACGCUCUGUCUCUAUAUGGAGAAUAGUAGCGCUGGAUCCUGAUACGAAGAGAGAAGAGAUUCGAGCUGUGGUGCAAGCGAUGCUGGCGCCCACUGGCGCCCAAGCGCAAAAGGAACGAGGCCAAAUGGUUAUGAGAUGCAAGGUGAAAAAUGGAUCGACGUUGGUGGAUAAGUUUGUAAAAGACGUCGACUUUCGCGCGACAUACGGUGGUGCCAUCGUUGCUGUUCAAAGGAACGGACGCGCAACGAGUGGAAAGUUACGAGACGUUCGAUUAGAAGCAAACGACGGUUUAGUCGUGCAGGUCAGACCAGAUUCGCCUUUGGUGACGUUGCAACAAAUAGCCAGGAACGCAGCUUUGAAGGCAAAGCAAGAAGGAGGGCGAGGAAGCGGCUCAAAUAGUCGAAGAAGUAGCCACGAUAACUUACUCAACUCUUCGGGACGAAACCGGAGCUCGAACGACUUACCGACGACAACGACGGCGGUUUUAGAUGUCGAACGCGGAAAUGAGGAAAACGAGGACGCCGAAUACAACGAAGCGUUGAGGAACGAACUCACCGCGGUUGCCAACAUGGAGAUGAACGUCGAGGAUUUAAUCGGCUUAGAUAGAUGUAAAGUUGAUUUUGAUAUUCCCUGGGAAGAUGUCGCGCAGUUGGGCGAGGACGCCAAAGAGUUUUUGAUCGGCGUACAAAUUGAAGACACAGCGAGGCAAUUCAUUGGAAAGAGCGCGAUUGAAGCCGGAUUGAGAACAUUGCCGAAACUUUUCCUCGUCUCUAUCGAGCGCGGCGUGUACGAUGCUAGCAAUGUGUUACAAGAAGAGUUAACCAUCGAUGUUACGGAGCAAUUACAGCCCGGUGACAUCCUUUGGUACGCGGGAUCGGCGGUUGCAGUUUCUUCCCUUCGAAAAAUCCCAGGCUUGACGACGCUCGGCUCUGACCAAGCAUCCAAACUAUCGUCUUCAAAUCAGGACCGAAGACUUGUUCAAGCCGUCGUCGCUAAAAACGGGCCUUUAGUUGGGAAAAGUAUCAGAGAUAUGAAGUUUCGUACGCGUUACAACGCAGUUGUUUUAGCAGUUCAUCGUGAAGGCCAAAGAGUCCAUGCCAAAAUGGGUGAGGUUGUGUUGCACGCUGGAGAUGUGUUACUAUUAGACGCAGGCCCAGAUUUAGUUCGAGAAGGAUUUGCUUUGGUUUCCAUCUUAGAGGAUUCAGCACCUCCGCGGCUCUCCCUGUUAGUACCGGCCAUAACCUGCGCAGUGGCGAUGAUUGCUUUAUAUACAUUUGGCGUGAUGAGUUUACUAGUCGCCGCAAUUUUCGCUUCUGGUGUCAUGAUUGCCUCGGGCGCGCUGUCUCAACAAGAAGCGCGAGAUGCCAUCAAAUGGGACGUCAUUAUCACCAUCGCCGCCGCGUUUGGUUUAUCUAAAGCGCUGCAAAAUUCCGGCGUGGCAAGUUUUAUGGCCGAACAGCUCGUGAAGUUGGGAACGGCGACAAAUACUGGAGAGAUUGGCUUAUUCGUUGGCGUCUACCUGGCGACGUUUUUGAUAUCCAACGUCGUCACGAAUAACGCCGCCGCGGCUUUAAUGUUUCCCAUUGCCGCCGAAGCAGCUGCAGAAGCCAACAUAUCGUUACUCAAAAUGUCCUACCUUCUCAUGCUCGGCGCCUCGGCGUCGUUCAUGUCGCCGUUUGGGUACCAGACGAACUUGAUGGUCUACGGCCCUGGAGGAUACGUGUUUAAAGAUUUCUUAAAUUUUGGUUUCCCGAUGCAACUCGUGCAGUUAGUCGUGUCUGUUGCCGCAAUCGCCGCGGAUGAUUUAUGGUGGCUUUUAUGGAUUGUCUUAGGUGGAAUCUUGUUCGUCGUUUCGUUGGCGAAAGUUUACGGCAUAUCAAACGGGAUGAAGAUAUGGAAGAAAAACAAUUAA